GCUUUGUGGGGACGUUGACAAGUGGAUCCAAGAUGGCGUAGAAAGUAAUGACAGGAAUUGGAUGAAGUAAUUGAUCACUAAAGAACUACAGUGCUGGUGAGAUGUGUAAGAAAUUAUAAAGAGCUCUGAUGGGCUAUUUGGGUAAUACCCAGUGCAGUGAACUGCAGGAUUCUUGUCCCUGAGUCAUGGAAGACAGAAGAGCUGAGAAGUCAUGUGAACAAGCAUGUGAGUCCCUGAAGAGGCAGGACUAUGAGAUGGCCCUCCAGCACUGCACAGAGGCCCUCCUUUCUCUCGGCCAGUACUCCGUGGCUGACUUUACAGGGCCCUGUCCGCUGGAGAUAGAGAGCAUCAAGAUCGAGAGUCUUCUUUAUAGAAUUGCCUCCUUUUUGCAGCUGAAAAACUAUGGGCAAGCUGAUGAAGAUUGUAGGCAUGUGCUGGGAGGAGGACUGGCUGAGGGGGACGGCGCCUUCCAGGCGGUGCUCUGCUGCAUGCAGCUGGAAGGGAAGCUCCAGCCUGUGACCCGCAUUCUCGCCAAGUCGCUGACGGGAGAGUCCCUGAAUGGGAUGGUAACAAAAGAUUUGACAAGGCUAAAAACACUUCUCACAGAAACAGAGACAGCAACUAGUAACGUCCUCUCUGGAUAUCAUGUGGAAGACUUAGAGGAGGGAUCUUGUAAUGGUUGGCAUUUCCGCCCACCACCUAGGGGAAUCACAAGCAGCGAGGAAUAUACUUUGUGUAAAAGAUUUUUAGAGCGGGGAAUCUGUAGGUAUGGCGCGCAGUGCACUUCAGCACAUUCCCAGGAAGAGCUAGCAGAAUGGCAGAAAAGAUACGCUUCACGGUUGAUCAAACUGAAACAGCAGAAUGAGAAUAAACAGCUCUCAGGCAGUUACAUGGAAACCUUGAUAGAAAAGUGGAUGAAUUCAUUAUCUCCUGAGAAAGUGCUCAGUGAGUGUGUGGAAGGCGUGAAGGUGGAGCAUGACCCCGGUCUGUCCGUCACCGUCAACACCAAAAAGUCCCACCAGACCUGGACCUUCGCUCUCACCUGUAAGCCUGCAAGAAUGCUGUGUCGUGUAGCAUUGCUUUAUGACGCUCAUCGUCCUCAUUUUAGUAUCAUUGCAAUAUCUGCCGGAGAUAGCACUACCCAGGUAUCACAAGAAGUCCCAGAAAACUGUCAAGAAUGGAUAGGAGGGAAGAUGGCCCCAAAUGGAUUAGAUCAUUACGUGUAUAAAGUCGGGAUAGCAUUUAACACAGAAAUAUUUGGAACUUUUCGCCAAACCAUAGUUUUCGACUUUGGAUUGGAACCAGUACUCAUGCAAAGAGUAAUGAUUGAUGCAGCUUCUACAGAAGAUCUUGAGUACCUGAUGCAUGCCAAACAACAGCUAGUAACUACAGCUAAACGUUGGGAUUCUUCUUCUAAGACUGUUGUAGACUUUGAACCUAAUGAAACUACUGAUUUGGAGAAGAGCCUUCUUAUCAGAUACCAAAUUCCUCUCUCUGCUGACCAGCUGUUUACCCAGUCCGUUUUAGACAAAUCAUUGACCAAGACCAACUAUCAGUCACGGUUGCAUGACCUUCUUUAUAUUGAGGAGAUAGCCCAGUAUAAGGAAGUCAGCAAGUUCAAUCUUAAAGUGCAGUUGCAGAUUCUAGCAAGCUUCAUGCUCACUGGAGUUUCUGGAGGUGCAAAGUAUGCUCAGAAUGGACAACUUUUUGGUCGCUUUAAGCUUACUGAAACACUUUCUGAAGAUACUUUGGCUGGACGGCUGGUGAUGACCAAAGUCAAUGCUGUUUAUUUAUUACCAGUCCCUAAAGAGAAGUUAGUACAGACCCAGGGAACCAAAGAGAAGGUUUAUGAAGCUACUAUUGAAGAAAAAACAAAAGAAUAUAUAUUUUUAAGGAUAUCCAGGGAAUGCUGUGAAGAGCUUAAUCUUCGGCCUGAUUACGACACACAGGUUGAACUCCAGUUCCAAUUGAAUCGAUUGCCCCUCUGUGAAAUGCAUUAUGCGCUAGACAGGGUCAAGGACAAUGGGGUUUUGUUUCCGGACAUCGCUAUGGCUCCAGCCAUACCUUGGAGUCCCAACAGGCAAUGGGACGAACAGUUGGAUCCUCGGCUAAAUGCAAAACAGAAAGAGGCUGUUCUGGCCAUUACAACCCCACUUUCAAUACAGCUGCCUCCUGUCCUCAUCAUCGGCCCAUAUGGGACAGGCAAAACAUUCACUCUAGCUCAGGCCGUCAAGCACAUCCUCCAGCAACAGGAGACCAGCAGGAUUCUCAUUUGCACCCAUUCUAAUAGUGCUGCUGAUCUCUACAUAAAGGAUUAUUUACAUCCAUAUGUAGAAGCAGGCAAUCCCCAGGCAAGACCUCUCAGGGUAUAUUUCAGAAACCGCUGGGUGAAGACUGUCCACCCAGUUGUGCACCAGUACUGUCUGAUCUCAAGCGCACAUUCCACCUUUCAGAUGCCACAGAAGGAAGAUAUUCUGAAGCACCGAGUGGUAGUGGUCACGUUGAACACUUCCCAGUACCUCUGUCAGCUGGACCUCGACCCUGGGUUUUUUACUCACAUCUUGUUGGACGAGGCUGCUCAGGCCAUGGAGUGUGAAACCAUCAUGCCUCUGGCACUAGCGACUCGACACACGCGGGUGGUCCUGGCUGGCGACCACAUGCAGCUCAGCCCUUUUGUUUACAGCGAGUUUGCCAGGGAGAGGAACCUUCACGUGUCGUUACUUGAUCGGCUCUACGAGCACUACCCUGCCGAGUUUCCCUGUAGGAUCCUCCUGUGCGAGAACUACCGCUCCCACGAAGCUAUCAUCAAUUACACCUCUGAGCUCUUCUAUGAGGGCAAGCUGAUGGCCAGUGGAAAGCAACCAGCACACAAGGAGUUCUACCCACUAACCUUCUUUACGGCACGAGGGGAAGAUGUGCAGGAGAAAAACAGCACCGCUUUCUACAAUAAUGCGGAGGUAUUUGAGGUGGUGGAGCGUGUGGAAGAGCUGAGAAGGAAAUGGCCGGUGGCGUGGGGCAAGCUGGAUGACGGCAGCAUCGGUGUAGUGACUCCAUACGCAGACCAGGUGUUCAGGAUCCGUGCCGAGCUUCGCAAAAAGAGAUUAUCUGAUGUUAACGUAGAAAGGGUGCUCAAUGUUCAAGGAAAGCAAUUCAGAGUUUUGUUUCUUAGCACAGUACGUACAAGGCAUACUUGUAAACAUAAACAGACACCAAUUAAAAAGAAAGAGCAGCUGUUAGAAGAUUCCACAGAGGACUUGGAUUAUGGUUUUUUGUCUAACUACAAGCUUCUCAACACUGCCAUCACAAGAGCACAAUCGCUGGUUGCCGUGGUGGGGGACCCCAUUGCUCUGUGCUCCAUUGGGAGAUGCAGGAAAUUUUGGGAGCGGUUUAUUGCCCUGUGUCAUGAAAACAGUAGCCUGCACGGAAUCACUUUUGAACAGAUCAAAGCUCAGCUAGAGGCUUUAGAACUAAAGAAGACAUACGUGUUGAAUCCACUGGCACCUGAAUUUAUACCCCGGGCUCUAAGGGCACAGCACACAGGAAACACCAACAAACCGCAGCAGUCACCCCCCAAGGGGAAAAGCCUCCAUCAUACCCAGAAUGAUCAUUUCCAGAAUGAUGGAAUUGUUCAGCCCAAUCCCUCUGUGCUUAUUGGCAAUCCUAUCAGAGCAUAUACUCCUCCACCUCCUCUUGGACCUCACCCAAAUCUGGGGAAAUCUCCAAGCCCUGUUCAAAGAAUCGAUCCUCACACUGGGACGAGUAUUCUUUAUGUACCUGCUGUCUAUGGAGGGAAUGUCGUUAUGUCCGUGCCUUUACCUGUGCCAUGGACAGGAUACCAGGGCAGGUUUGCGGUCGAUCCUCGAAUCAUUACACACCAGGCAGCAAUGGCCUACAACAUGAACCUCUUACAGACGCAUGGACGUGGGUCUCCUAUUCCUUACGGCCUCGGGCACCACCCACCUGUCAGCGUAGGGCAGCCACAGAGUCAGCAUCAGGAGAAAGACCAACAUGAGCAAAGUCGAAACGGUAAGAGUGAUACAAAUAAUCCUGGCCCUGAAAUCAGUAAGGUUCGGACGCCGGAGAAGAAACCCGCAGAAGCCAAACAGAUUGAUUUGGAAUCAAACCCACAGAACAGAAGUCCUGAAUCACGUCCUGGCAUCGUUUAUCCCAAUCCCAAAUUUCAUCGCAAAGAUAAUCUCACCCCAAGACACAUAAACCUUCCUCUCCCGGCCCCCCAUGCACAGUACGCCAUCCCCGGUCGUCAUUUUCAUCCGCUCCCCCAGCUCCCGAGACCACCCUUCCCAAUUCCGCAGCAGCACGCCUUGCUGAAUCAGCAGCAGAGUACCUUGCCUGAACAGCCGAGCCCCGUGCCUGCCCAGCCCAGUCAGGUGGCCCCUCAGCUGGGCCCGCCGCCGCCUCAGCUCUCCCCUGCCUACCCAGCCGGCCCCGGCAGCGCUUUUUUCAAUAACGCGGUUCCCCACCGACCACAGUCCCCGCCCGCGGAGGCUGUGGUUCCCGAGCAGCAGCCCCCACCCGUGCUGCCGGAGGGCCACAGUCCCCUGCGGGCCCUCGCGCAGCCCGGCCCCAUCCUGCCUUCACCUCUGAACAGCUUCCCGGACGAGAGCCCCCCGGGCCUGCCGAUGGGGGAGGCUUUGGAUCGUGUGCACGGGAGCGUGGCUCUGGAGACCCUGAGGCAGCAGCACGUGCGGCUGCAGCAGUGGGGCGAGCACCACGCCUGCCUCAGUCAGGGUGGCCUCCCGUACCCGCACCACCCCCACCCGCACCCGCACCUCCAGCACCUUCCCCAGCCGCCCGUUGGACUGCCUCAGCCCCCAGCGAGAGCGGACUGGAAGCUCCCCAGCAGUGCCGAAGAUGAAGCGGAAACAACUGACUCACGGUUUCAAGACUUACUCAGAGAACUGUCUAAUCGUGAGCAAAGUGAAACACGGGAACUAGCUGAAAUGCCACCACCUCAAUCAAGACUUUUGCAAUAUAGACAAAUUCAGACUAGGAGCCCACCAGCAGCCCCCUCGCCCCCGUCCAGCGCAGACCCCAGCACCCACUUUCCAAACUUCCCUGACAGCAGCAGAGACCUGGAAGUGGCCAACAGCCCGUCGUUCCCACAGCGCCUGCCGCCCCCAGUGUUUAGCUCUCCUUUCUCGUUGCCAUCAGAGCACCUCACCCCUCCUCUGAAAUACCUGGCACCUGAUGGAGCUUGGACUUUUGCUAACUUACAGCAGAAUCACCUGAUGGGGCCGGGUUUCCCCUACGGCCUACCUCCAUUGCCUCACAGGCCCCCGCAGAACCCUUUUGUGCAAAUGCAGACCCACCAGCCCGCUGUUGGCCAGGAGCCGCUCCAGCCGCUGUCCUCUCGGACAGUGUCGUCCUCUUCGCUCCCCAGCUUAGAAGAGUAUGAACCCAGAGGACCGGGUCGGCCCUUGUACCAAAGAAGAAUCUCAUCUAGCUCAGUGCAGCCUUGUUCUGAAGAAGCAAGCACUCCUCAAGACAGUCUUGCUCAGCGUAAAGAGCUUCAGGACCAUGAUAACCAGUCUCCUUUCGCCUUUUCCUCCCCGGAGUCCUGGGUGAACGCCACCUCAUCCAGCCCCUACCAGAACAUUCCAUGCAGUGGAUCCAGCAGGCCAGCCCAGCCCAGAGAGUCAGCAGCUCCACCCAAGACCGUCAAAGCCCCCGUGGAGCAUCUGAAGCCUGAGAGCCUUGAGGGGCCCGGCUCCCUCGACUACAGCGUGCUGCAGCAUCUCGGCCAGUUCCCCCCGCUCGUGCCCGCCAAGCAGAUCGCCGAGUCAGCCAGCAGCAGCAGCCCGCAGGGCUCCGGGGGCGGCAAGCCUGCCAUGUCCUACGCCAGCGCGCUGCGGGCCCCUCCAAAGCCCAGGCCUCCGCCCGAGCAGGCCAAGAAGAGCAGCGACCCUCUGUCUCUGUUUCAGGAACUCAGCCUGGGGAGCUCAGCCGGCAGCAAUGGCUUUUACUCCUAUUUUAAGUAAUCCCUUUUUUCCUCCCGGGAGAAUGUUCUAAUUUCUGUAUCAGUAGAGCUAAGGUAGCCAGCCUUCACCUGUAGCUGCACAGUUUCCUUUGUUUUCACGUUAAAUAUGUUCUCACUUAAUUGCUUUGCUGCUAGACUUGCAACUAAUUUUUUUAAAGUAUAUUCCAUUAUUUGCAUUUUUGACGUGAGUCAGAAUUUUGACAGCUUUUAUGUGGAAUAAAAAAAUAUUUUUAAAUUUGUGUAUUGUUAUAUAUGUUUGCAUCAAGCUAGCAGCUAAGAAGUUAAUUGUGCAACUAUUAAAAAAAAGAAAAAAAAGUUUGUCUAAAAUGUAUUUAAAGAGAAAAAAAAUUGUAAGUAGCAUUUACAUUUAUUCAAUAAUAUUACCAUAUGCUGGGUUUCUGCACCAGAAAUGGCCAGUUGAUGUACAGAUGUAUGUUAUUUUUGCUUAAAUUCAUUGAAAAUUUUUUAAAAUAAAGGGGCAGCAUCUUCUGAAUACUUUUAAGUUUCAUCAGCUUUUUUUGGUGGCAAGAUGCUGCCCUUGAAAACUUUUAUAGGUUUAGACUGGAUGACGCGCUGUCAUCCUCUCCAUCCGCCGCAGGACAGAGGCAAAGGCAUUCUUUGCAGGUGUAUGUCCUACGCCACAACAUGGGCAUACAUAGUUAUUUUUUGGACAAGCUACUCUUCAAGCUUGUUUUUAAUGUUAAUUUGAUAGUGUGGUUUUUUUUAAACAAAUCAUGAAGCUGAAAAAUUUUUAGGAUUGUUGGUGCUUAGUAGACUUGAUAACUAUUUUAAAAAUGCGUGAAUUUAGUAGAAUCUUUUCUCCCCACUCUGCAUGUGUGGAUGUCUGUAAUCUGGCCCCCCACCCCGCCCCCAGUGGUAUAAAGAACUGUGCCGCUCUAAGGUGUCUUUUCCCUCUGGUAAAAAUUUUGGUACCUUAUUUGAUGUUUACAUUAAAAUGUGACAUUAUACAUGGCAAAUUCAAAUAUUUUGCUAACUGUUUUGUUUGAGGAAUAUCAUUAAAGAAGAAAUAUAAUGUUUAUCAAAGAUGUAUCAAAAUUCAUCAAAAUCUGGGGCAAAAACUACCCUUGUUUCUCGUCUUUCAGUUCUUCUGGAAGAACCCCACUGAACUUGUACAAAAAUAUAAAAUUUAAACAGCUCUCCUAAAUGUUCUACAUUCUGGACAUUGUUUUGAGUGAACUUUGGUAAAAUCCAAAGAAACGCGCUGACCCUCUUCAAAUGUGUGGUCUUGUGACACUUUUGAAGCAAAGCAUGUCCGUAUUGUUUUCCUGACCUAGUAGUACUACUUUUAUAUUUCAGAGGUGUCUUGAAACUACAAUAUAACCUUUUCUAAAAAAUAAAAUAAUAGGGUAAGGUUGGGAAGCAUUGCAAAUCCUGAAUGGAUCCUAAAGAUCCGUUCAGAAAUGGUGUUUUGGAAGACUCCUUUUGAGUAGGCCAUCACAUACUCGCAGUCCAUUUGCAAAGCAGCUGAAAAGCAGAGGGAUAAAGGAGGACUUGUGCAGCAGGAGCUUGGCCGCAGCAGCAGCCCCUGUAGCCGUAGCUCGGGAGAGGAGGGGAGAGGGCCUCCGGUUGGAGGUGUCCAAGCCGCAGGACCAAUGGGGAAAGCCUCUUCUGUCCAGAGUGUGGCUGGCUUGUGUGUGGCUGCACCGCAGAGGCCUGGGUGCUGUGUGCAGUGGCAGGUGUAGACGUGUAGACGGCACACGUGGUCACGGUUAGUACGAGUCACAGUUGGAAAACGAAGCCAGCAAUUGAACAGCACCUCGGUUUCUCUGCACGAUGUCAGAUCACCACAUUCAGCGGUGUUGGAUUUUACUCAACAUAACUUUAGUCAUGAAAAAAGAAGAAAAAAUUUUGCUGCAUAGCUGCGUAUUUCCAACUUGGUGACAAAACUCAAGAUAGAGCCCAAAUGAAAAUGAGAUCCCCCUGACGUGAGGGUGUCUGUGAAAAACAGCGUUCUUGUCGGUGAGGACCCUCCUCCCCCACAAGUAUCCAGGACUGCGACACAGCUGGGUGAGUGGUCGAAAGUAUGUUGGUGAAGACAGCUGUCACCUCAGGGCUGUCAGUUAAGCCUGUGUCAUAAAGCAACUGCCUAAUUACCUGUUUUCCAUACCUGAACCUUUAAAAAGUACUAGUUUUAAAAUUAUUUAAAUGUGCCCACCCUACCACCUUAUAUAAGUAUGUUGAUGAUGGAUGCUUUGCGUAAGGAAGCUUGGGUCAUUGUGACUUCAAUGUGCUAAGCAGUUAUUUCUGAAAAACUAAAAAGAAUAGCCACUCCCUAGUCCACUGCUGUGCUGAGCAUGUCGAGUGAUCCUCGUUUCCUGGUCGUUCCUGCAGCCAGUCAAGGAGUCAUGACGUUGUUCCCAUCCAGGACUGUCUUAGAUUCAGCCUCAAAUGCGUACUCCAGCCUCUAACAGGCUUAGUCCUCAGCUUUCCUUAAUGCCGUAUUUCCAGCUGUGCUUUGAGUAUUAUGUAUGUGUGAUAUCUUGUGACAGUUUCGAGGAAGUCUUAACUGCAAGAAUCAUUGCAGGUCUCCAUUGCAGUGAGGCGUGGCUUCUGAGUACCAUUCCUGCUCCUGGGUCUGACUUGGGCAGCAUGAGCAGGCGCCCACGGAUCAGACUGAUGCAGUUGGUGGUAGUCCCCCUAGUCUGCGGGGCCCGUGGUCACAGAGUCGGCCAAGUGCAGAUCAGAGAUGCUAAAAGCGAUCCCAGAAUGUUCCAGAAACGAGCACUUGGACUCGCCGAGCACUGGCAACCGUCCACAUGGCAUUGAUAUUGCAUCAGGCAUUAUAAGUGAUCUAGAGGAUGAUUUAGAGUAUAUGGGAGGGUGUGAGUUACAUGCAAAAACCAUGUCAUUUUAUAGAAGGGACUUGGACUCUAGCCCCUGCAGAUACCAAGGGAUGACCUUGUUUCAUAUAAAGGUUCAACCUUAGUUCAGAUGGAACUUCCUUAUUUUUAAAGCUUGAUGUUACCUCUGGGAUAAUACCAAGUGUUACCAACUUCCUUCUGCAAUACAGAUUUCUUCAAGUGAAGUUAAUUGUUCACAUGAUGUCUUUCUGCUGCUUUGUUCUCUGUAUCACUCUGAAGUUUCCUUUUCUUUUGCCAGAACUAUUUUUUAUUCAUUUUACUUUUUAAUUUCAGUGCUACUGAGAUUUUUUUUUUUACAUUAGACUUCUUUUGGAUGAUAGAAUUUGUAGAGUUUUCAUGCUAAUUUUUUUUCCUCGUCUAAAAAUGAAUUUCUAUUAAGAUUUGAAGAGUUUCAUUCGCUGUAACAUGGAUAUUUCUGGUGUGUUUUAAAGGGGGUUUUGGUUGCUAUUUUGGCAUUUUGGCUUGUGCUUUGCCAAAUUGUUGUAGCAGAGCUUUGUUUUUGAUUAACCAGAAGUUAAUUAUUGACCAUUUAAACAACAUAACCUUCAUUUUCCUUUCCUCAGACAGGUAGGCUUUCUUUCUAUCCGGGUCAUUGUAUGUGUGAAAUAACAAACUGCCUUGUGUGGCUUUAUUCAUCAAAGAUUCUAGAAUAAGUUUGGGUUUGAUGUAAACAUCAAUUGGUCUUUUUGGUUCGAAGAAUUUCAGAAUAAGUAAAAUAAGCAGAAUUCCCACUGAAUAAGCAUUACCUAAUUAAACAUAGCAGUCUCCAAGACCUAUUUGUGAAAAUAGUUUCCGUGUUUAUGGAGGCAUUGGAAUUGCUGAGAAAGUUAACCAAAUUUCCUAACUUGAAAUAAUUAAUAGUGUUACCUUGCUCUCGUGUAGUUGAUUUUACAUGUUUCAUAUUUUCCAUGUGUGCACAUCUGAGAGCAAAGCUAUAAACAUGUAAGAAUUCAUCUCUAGCCACCUUGACCAGAGAGAGCCACUUUGCCUAAGAGCCAGAGUGUGAAAACCAGUUUCAAGAUAAAUGUUAGAUUUCAGCUACUGUCAUGAAGAUUAGAUUUACUGAAAUCAUCAUUUUAAUAAGAGACACCUGUUAUCCUUAGCAUUUUUUUUCAAACUGGAGUUGUUUUUAAAAAGAGAAUCCAGAAAAAGCCUAUAAAAAUACAAGAUUAAAACUUUAAAUAUAUUGAAAGAUACAAAUUGCUACCUUAAAUGUUACUUAGGCUAUCUGGUUUUUCUUCUAGUUCCACAAAGGUAGUAAUUUGUCUUUUGUAAGAUUUACCAGACGUGUUUCUUGCUAACCAUCCCUUUAAAGUAGGAGAACCCUCAAUUUCUAGCAUGACCCUAUGUGCUCCUAAAUCUCAAAAUAAAUGUUUGAGUGGAUCUGAUGGUUUGCUCCACUCUUUGCCACCUGAUCCGCAACUAUUUAGCUCUUAGAAAUAAUGGAUAAUGUUCUAACUAUGAUUUCUUGUUCAGAAUAUCACUCAGUGAUGUCCGUCACAUACUAUAAAGACAUCAGGAAGUAGCGGCAUUUCAGCCGCCAAAGUGCACCGUGUCACGGUUCUCAAAUUCUCCCUCUGCUUGAGGUUGGAUAUUUAUGUGCUGAGAUUUCACUGUCAAGCUGCUAAAUUCACACUUAACUACUUUCAUACCUGUUUAAUAAGCAGUUUCAAGACCACUGUUACAAGGAAUGAAUCUUACUAACAUUUUUAUAAAACACAUUCAGGAAACGGCAUUGUUAUUCCUUUAAAUUAGAAUAUCAGAUUAAACAAUUACAAAAAUUUUAAUGUAUUUAAAUUUUUUGAAGUGUUUGAAAAUAAUCUACUUUGGAAUAAAUGUUAAGGAAAUAGUCACAGGAGUUUCUAAAUUUCUUUGAAAGGAGGUACCUAACAGAAGAAUCUAGACUCAGUAACGUGAACUGUGGUUAAAUCCUAAACUCAGUUUUACAGUGUUAGUCUAAAGCUUUUAAAACGGGAGUGUUGAGAAAACCCAGAGACAUGCAUAUACUUACAGUUCCAGUAAUGUGUUAGACCAGACUUUAUUUGCAAUUUGUUCAACAGAGAGAUUUUAUUUUGAUAUAAAUAUUAAGCAUAGUAAGUUUUAUAUAAUUCUGUAAGUUCAUUAAACAAUAUUAUGGACUUUUCAUUAUAUUCUUUUAGCUGUUUCUACACCUCAUAUGAGGUGUCUUUUGUAUUUUAUUUUACAUACUAGCAUGUGACUGCCUGCCUUAGAACUAUGUAUAGGAGAGGAAACCAAUAUUAAUUUUUUUUUGAUUUUUUGAAAUAAAUUUUGCCAUUAACUUUUUUUUUUUUUUUUUGAUGUCUGAGCAGUGGAGGGGAAGGGGUGAAUUCCAUAGGUUUCCACACAGAAUAGAAAGAGUCUCUGUUUACACGUCUGUCCUAUCUGACUGAGUAGGACAGAGCAGUGGGUCUCAGAGUUGAGCGCCUGCGUCAGAAUUUCCAGGAGCCUUGUCAAGUACAGGUUGCUGGACCCACUCCCGCCACCUCUGACUCCAGGCUGGGGCCUGGUCGUCUGCAUUUCCAAAAAGAUUCAGACAAGGCUCAGGCUGCUGUCCAGGCAACACACCUUGAGAACCACUGGUUGAGAGAAGGUCCGAGGGUCUUUUUAAUCAUGCAUGUAUUUAUUCAGUGUGCAAAACUGAUCUCCUGAGACAUUUUUACAAUUCGGGACUUUCAUGGAGAAAGACCUUUGGAGCCAAGAGCCCUCUGGGUGGGGGCUGCCGCCUCUCCCCGCCAGCACUCGCCCUCUGAGGCGUGUGCUGCUCGUCCAAGUUGGGGUGGGAGUGCUCUCAUUUCUAGGGUUAGUUUGGUUUCCUGUACCCUGCAGCCUGGGCUUUUGUCUAGAAGCCGAGCGUUUGUUUGGAGAGCUUAGAGUCAGUCUUGAUGCUCCGCACACAGAGAUGAGCAUUGUGGUAGGAAGCCAUCGGCCUGGCACGGCAAUGCCCUUUGUGUUUAUGGAGGCCCUAAGUAUCAGAGGCCCCAGACUAAGAUGGCAGUGAUAUUGAGCGUGGAAAAUAAUAGAUAAUCCCCAAAUGAUGUCUCUGUGGUUUUCAUGUUUUGGGGGAUGAGAGAGGUGAGGGCAAAGGAUUUGCUUUUCAAAUUAUGUGUUUCUCAGGUUAAACUUAUUUUGGAUUCUUUGCCAAUAGGUGUUAGGGGAGCCUGCAGUAUUGUUUAGGGAAGAAAAUUGACAAUUGUCUCUGAUUUCUUUGCUCCCUUUAAAAAAAAUUUAUAUACGUUUGCAAGAAACAGUCUAGAGGAAUCCACCACCUACACAGCAUGAGUUAUUCAUAAACUAUAGGCGCACGUGUAUGAGCAAGAUAUUUCUGAGAGAAACUGCCUAUGAUAUAAUAAACCUACAGGUCUAUGGAUAUUUUAAAAUUUGUGUGUUAUUGUCGUUAAUAUUCCCCUGGAGUGCAGCUUGAGAGGUAUUGGUCUCUGCCUCUGGUUUUUUGUUUGGCUUUGAAUUUACUGAGACUAGAAAGAGAGAAAAAAUUAUUUUUAAGGUAAUAGAUUAUAGAAUGACUUAGAUGUAGACCAUAUGAUAAGCAACCUAGAACACACAGCUUUGGAAUUCUUAAAACACAGUACUUCCUCCUUGAAAGGCUUGAUAAUCUUUGGUGGGACUGUUCAUAGGCUCAGCACAGGUUACUGUAUUCAGCUGCAGCUCAUAGGGAGCUUCAGUUUAUUUAUCCUUUGCUUUGCACGAUGCCUUGGAUGCAGAGACCUCUCUCUGUCGUUCGUUUGGUCGGGGGGCUCUGUCCAGGUUGAAGUCCUGACAGGUCAGCUACACCUGAGAAUGUUUCUCAGCCCCCACCCCCAACAGAGGACGAGUCAGGUUUUCAUGUAUCUAGACCAUGCCAGCUUCUCAUAACCCGUGUGUAUGACAAGUACUGUAUCCGCUUUCUGUGCCAGUCAUCCAGUCUGAUUCUCUGAAACCCACGAAGGUACUGGUUAAAUGUGGUAGUUAUAUCCUAGGUAAAUAGGGUGAAUAAAAUACCUCUCCUCUAAAUUAUAAAGGUAAUGGAUUUUGCAUUUUAUUGAAGGCUUCAUUAGUGACACAGUGUUGUUUUUUUUAAUGCUUCAAGAAUACAGUUCUUAUCUAAACUUGUUCAGCUAACUUCAUACAGUCAUUUAGCAAAUUCAUGCAGGGUCUUAGUUUCACAAGCCUUCCAAAGGAAGGCUACAUAAAACUGAUUCCAUCCGUUUCCGUCUUCAAAAAGUACCAGCUGUACAGCCAUCUAUCUAAUUAAUCAUAAUUUAUGGCAAAAUUAUUAUUUUUUUCUUUGUGGUUAAUGAUACCUCAUCUGAGAAUUCUAAUGCCUAAAGAGUUUAUCCUUAAAAGUAAAAAUGACUUUGUACCAUAAAAUAACCCCAAAG